AACAAGGUAAUUAGUUUUGUAUUUCAUAAUAAUGAUUUCAUGUAUUCUUUAUAUAUUGGUAACCAACAUGUGAUAUUGUUUUGUCAUGUUAAUUACUUUAUAAAAUUGUAGGAAUAUCUCAAAGAAAAACUCGUGGGAGAACUUUGUGCAAAAAGAUUCAUGCAAGAACUUUUGAAGAGCGAGUAGAAGUGACCUAUAAUGAUGUUGAUCAGCCUAUCGGUCCCACUAAAAAAGUAGUAUCUGACUUGAGCCUCUUCCUGGGAACAUUGGCUAGGAACUCAACAUUUUGUCCUCUAAAAUAUACCAACUGGUCAGGAAUGCCGGAAAAAAAUAAAAACCGUGUAUGGAGAUAUGCUAAUCGGAAGUUUAUCUUGUCGGUUGAAGCACGAGAUUGGGUUGAGACUACUGUUAGAGAUGCAUGGAGAAGAUACAAGUACAAGAUUAAGCAACAUCAUUUUCUAAAGUAUCCCAACAUGACCGAAAGACUUAAACAUCGUCCUCCAAAGGUGCCAAUAGCUCAUUUUAGGGCGCUUUGUGAAUUCUGGAGUAAGGAGCCUAUACAAGCAUUGGCUGAAAGUAACGCUAGAAAUAGAGCUCAGCUGAAGUGGCUGCAUCGAAUGGGUCCCCAAAACUUCUCUCUGACUCGUGAAAAACUGCGUGAAAAGGAAAAAAGAGAGCCCACUCAAUCAGAAAUGUUUUUUGAAACUCGAAAAGGAAGUAGAGGAAAACAAUUGGAUGAAGAAACUGGAAAAGUAUUUUCCCCAACUUCAAGAAAUGGUUGAAAAGAAAGGAAGUGAUACUGAAGCUUUUAAAGCUGUUAUGGGAAAGGAGCGUCCCGGAAGGUUACGUUGUUAUGGGAGAACAGUAACUAAAACUUCCUUAAAGCGAAAGGUUGAGAUUAAUGCUUUGAAACAAGCACAUAGUCAAGAGGUAUCUAUUUUGAGGCAUGAAUUUCAAGAUCAGAUUGAUAGAUUGCAAAAUGCGUUUAAGACCGUCAUACAACAAUGCAAUCCUCAAUUAAAUAUGGCCUCAAUAGAACAUUUGCUAGGAUUAUCUCAUGGAGAUGCUAACAGCUCCCCAAAGGAUAGUGGAGCACAAAUGCAUUCCUCUACUUCAAUUCAUACUCCAUGUCCCGAAAAGCAAGUUAUCAAUGAAGAUGCUGUACAGGAUGACAUAGAUGAGGAGGAAGACGUAGAUGAUGAAUUUCUUGAGGACGAAUUUCUUGAGGACAACUUAAGUGAUGAAUUUCAGGAGGAUGAUAUAG